AUGUGUGCCAAUGGCAGUGAGGUAAUUAAUGCGUUAGUCCAUCACAAAAGCAAUUCAAUUGAAGAGCAAUGGGGUGUAAUAUGGCAAACUGUCUAUUGUAUACUUCAACACUCCAAAACGGAUUUACUUAAAACGGUUCCUUGGAAGUAUUCGAAGAGUCACUUUCAAAUGGAAUAUCAAAGUAACCAUAUAUCAUCGUUCCAAAUCAAAUUGUUACCUGAUUAUUAUAAUAAAAACUUAUUUAUUCAUUACCAAAACCCAAAUUUACAACAACGCCAUUCAUCCACAAUGGUCGAGAAAUACAAUGCGAACGAAUAUUUAAAAUCCCUUGGGUUUCGAACAGCAGUGAAAAAAGAUAACGACGAGAACAUGACAAUUAAAAUUAAAACUCCAAGUAUUUACGUCUAUGAUUUCGGAUAUUUUGUGCAAGACGGCGUGUCUUAUGAAGAUGUUCUCUUCACGUUUCAUAUCCCAUGUAUGUGUGAAUUUGAGACUGAAGAAUUCCCGAUGAUCACAGCAACAUUCACUAUGAUAGUCCCAUCAUCACUGGCCAUUACUAUAAACACUUUCUUGUGGGACGUCUUACUCGAUAUCUUCAAUCACGUCUUUUUCGACUUCCAAAUUGCUCAUAUUUUCCAAUAUGGGACUAACCCUGACAAUUACAAAAAUUUGGCGAAGAACAUCACAACCGCGUUAAAUCACUUCGACGAGUAUCUCCUCACACUAACGCAUCCCGACUUCAGAAAUUCGUUGAGUAACUUGUGUUGCGAGAUCAAUACCUCUUUCCUCAAUGUCGCGAUUUCAGCUCACAUCGUUUCAGUCUACUCGUUGAUUCUUGCAGACAACCCUCGCAUCGUGAAAAACUUCUAUGACAUGUUGUCGUUAAUGGACGCACCAGAUCUCUACUUCCAACCCCUCUCGUCACCCGAGUACAAUAAAAUCAUGAGAAAGGCUAAUCCUUUCAUUAGAACAAUGUGCGUCGUCGACUUCACGGAGGACGACGUGUUCGAUCUCCCAUACCCUUAUUGUAUCAUCGACGUGUCACAUAACAAAGUGGUCAAAAGCGCGACUCAAUCAAUUUCUAAUUACUUCGUCUUGCGACAAAAACACUUCAUCUCUAUUGCGAUAAAAGAAUACGAAAAGAACCAUUGCGAUAAAAUUCCACACCCUGAAUUUUUGUCAAAAUCGAAUGUUGUUGAGUGUGUUGCUGGUUCUAUUGUUACAAUGGAGUAUUCCAAAGUCAUUGGAGAAAGGUUGAAGGAAGGAAGGGGAUUUUCAGUGAUGAGGAAUGUCAUCUACAAAAUGUGCGAAAUAUUUGCGAUAAAAAUACGCAUUUUGAUGAAAUUUCUUGAAAGUCAAAAUGCGAUAAAUCGAACGACUGUUCAACAGCUCAUAUUCAAAUUCAAGUUGGCGCCCGAAGACGUUAAAGUCUUAUUUGGGAUAUUCAAAUUUGUGUAUACCGAAUACAUAGAUAGGUUGAUGGACGUCUUGGAAGAUAUUGUCAUCUCAUAA